AUGGAGGAGAAGGUGCCGAGGGUUAAACUCGGGUCGCAGGGUCUCCACGUUUCGAAGCAAGGGCUGGGCUGCAUGGGCAUGUCCUUUCUCUACGGCCCGCCCAAGCCCGAAUCCGAUAUGAUCAAGCUCAUUCAUCACGCCCUCAAUUCCGGUGUCACGUUUCUCGACACCUCAGACAACUACGGCCCCCACACCAAUGAAAUCCUCAUAGGCAAGGCCUUGAAAGGGGUGGCCAGAGAAAAAGUGCAAGUUGCUACAAAGUUUGGAAUAACCACAAAUGAUGGGAAUACCGAGAUACGUGGCGACCCACAGUAUGUGAGGUCAGCGUGUGAAGCGAGCCUGAACCGUCUUGGCAUUGACUACAUUGAUCUCUACUAUGCUCAUAGGAUUGAUACGCGAGUUCCAAUUGAAGUCACGAUGGGAGAAUUAAAGAAACUCGUUGAAGAAGGGAAGAUAAAAUACGUUGGUUUGUCUGAGGCCUCUGCUUCGACAAUCAGGAGGGCUCACGCUGUUCAUCCGUUAACUGCAAUUCAGAACGAGUGGUCUUUGUGGUCGAGGGAUUUGGAGGACGAAAUAGUUGCCACGUGCAGAGAACUUGGUAUUGGAAUUGUUGCAUACAGUCCACUCGGGCGGGGUUUCUUUUCCUCGGGUGUUCAGUUGAUACAUAGUUUACCAGAAGGCGACGUGCGAAAGAAUCUCCCAAGGUUCCAGAUAGAAAAUAUUGAAACAAACAAGGCGGUAUUUGACAGGGUAACCGAAAUGGCAGCACGGAAGGGUUGCACCCCAUCUCGGCUGGCGUUGGCCUGGGUUCACCACCGAGGAGAUGAUGUGUGUCCCAUACCUGGCACCACUCAGAUCACAAACUUGAACCAAAACAUAGGGGCUCUCUCAGUGAAACUAACUCAGCAAGACAUGGCUGAACUCGAGUCCUAUGUCUCAGCUGACGUCGUUAAGGGCGAAAGGCACGCUUUGAUGGCUAGCACUUGGAUCGCCUCUGAGACACCUCCACUCUCCUCUUGGAAAGCUGACUAGGCACACAAUCAAUUGAACUGAUCUGUGGUGUUUUCUUCACUCUCCAUGACUCAAAACAAGUAGACUAUUUACA